AUGCUGGAGAAAGCUCCUCCCACAAUUGAAAAGUAUGACGGCUCAAUCGACCCAAAUGAUUACAUGAGAGCAUUCAUCAAUGUAAUGGCGUUUUACAACAACAGUGACCCAGUCUUAUGCAGAGUCUUUUCACUAUCGCUAAGGGGAGAAGCAUUAACAUGGUAUAACACCCUUCCCCCAAACAUAGUGGAUUGCUUUGCCACUGUACAAACCCUUUUUGAGCGGCAAUAUGCAUCUAGUCGGAUACAAGAGUUCACGCCCGCGGAGUUGGUAAAUACCAAACAGGAGAAAGAUGAAUCUCUGAAAGCCUUCAUGAAAAGGUACAACAAAAUCGCUCGGCGAGUCAGGGAUAUCAAUCAUACCUUCAUCAUCAGCAACCUACCUUCCUACUUAAAAGCGGGAUAUUUUUCGAAAAAUUUAUACGCCAAACUCCAUAAAACCAUGGAUGAGCUCCAAGAGAGGGAAGCGGAGUUUAUUCGUAUUGAAGAUAUAAGGCAAUCCCGAAAAAAGCAACAGCAAGAAACCUCUGGGGGAAAUAACAAAGAAGGAAAACGAUCGUUCAAUGGGGAUCCUCCUCAAAAGGAUCCUAUGUGUCUCCCCAGAUUUAAUCACUAUACCACCCUCAAUGCACCAAGGGCUAAGGUUCUCGAGGAAGCUCUCAAUGUUGAACUUCUAACACUCUGA